AUGCUGCCGCCGUCGGCUGCGGCGCUCGUCGCGCACCGACGGUUGGGAAACGUCGACGCGAGGAUGGGCGCGGCGUUGGCGGUGGGGACCGCGCUCGGGAGCGCGCUCGGGAGCUCGGUCGCGGUGGAUGCGCCCAGGGGCGCGCUGGAGCUGAUGUUCAUGGGGGGGAUGCUGUUCUUGUCGUACCGCACGUUCAGGACGGUGAGGCGGUAG